CCCCCUUCUAAAAGCACCUAUUCUGUGCACGCGAGCACUCCCCAUUCCUCUAGCCCUCUCUUCCGACACACACACGCACACACACCGCGCAGUCAGAGUGGUGCUGAACGAGAAGCGCAGUCGUCUCACAGUUUCUCAUCAAUUCGAUCCGGCGCUCAGUGAAUUGAAGCAUCCCUGUGCCAAGUUCCUCACAGUUUUCCUUUUACUUUUAUUCCAACAUGAUAAGAGGCACUGGAAUAUUCUCCCACGCUUCGCACUAGAAAAGUUUUGUCAGACAACAUAUCACGGCCAUAACACUGCACUGUAAACUAGCUUGAAAACAAAUUGGGCAUUUCGGAAAUUCUGCAUCUUCAAGAUGGCUCUGAACACAGACACCAACGCACCAACUGCUGCUCUAAGUGUAGGGCAGGAAGAAGAGCAGCAACAAAAUGAACAACUGACCAAUCAACAACCAGAUGACUGGUCUGACCAGACCCCCAUAUCCUCUCAGCCAGUGAAGACUGAGCAUCAAGAUCCACCCACUGACUCAGAGUCCACUCCUGCUCCAGAAAGCUCAGUCCAGUUGAACGGCCUGUCCAAAGACUACCUGCCAGUCAUCGAUGAAAAGAUGGAAACAAGUAAUGGAGUCUGCUCUAAUGCUGUCGAGGCUUCUCCUCCUACCUUAUCCCGUUCUUCUCCCCCUCGUCAUCAUCAUGCUAAGUCUGGCCAUGUUCAUGCUAAUGGCCAUGCCCGCCUCGGCAGUCGCUCAGGUUCAAUGAGCCAUGCUGGGUCACCUCGGCCCUCGCUCAGCCGCCAGCCCAGUGCUGCCACAGAGAGUGGAGGAGAUGGCACCAAGCCCAACGAUUACCUUAUAAUGGCCAUUCUUGCCUGCUUCUGCCCUCUCUGGCCUAUCAACAUCGUCGGCUUGACCUUCUCUGUUAUGUCUCGGUACAGUCUGCAACAAGGAAACGUUGAUGGAGCGCGGCGUCUUGGCCGCAACGCAAAGGUCCUCUCAAUCGUCUCUAUUGUGGGCGGAGUUAUCAUCAUUGCUGCCACCAUUGUCAUCAACUGGGGACUGAUAUUAAAGUCCUGAGGGUAGUCAUGACAAUCAAACCCAAGAGGAAUUUCUGACCAACCAACUGAUCCAUGAUGACCAUCGUUCUCCUCUCACCCUGCAUUUCCACAUAUUACUGAAGCACCUCAAGAUUGAUUUUUCGUUUUUUUUCUACAAUACAUCAAGUUCCUGAGACCAAACACCCCCUUUCCAUCUGUAGGAACAAAAUCAGCAAAAUCAGGAGUGAAGACUUCCCCAGCAUUUUAAAUGGAGGUAUAAAUGACUGCAGCCAGCGGAAUCAUAACAUGCAUGUUUUAUGGGGGGUUUUUUUUCAGCAAAAAGGACUAAUUGCUUUUUAAAUGAUGUCAGCAAAGAGGCAUUCAGUAUGAUCUCAUUUCCUGUCUAAAGUCCUUUGUGUGUGUGUGUGUGUGUGUGUGUGUGUGUGUGUGAGAGAGAGAGAGUGAGAGAGAGAGAGAGAGAGAGAGAGACAGAGACAGAGACAGAAAUAGAGAAAGAAUAAAAGAGCAAGAUGUUUGUUGAAGGCACUUUGGGUAGAGAACAUGUGACAGAUGAUCUAUUCCUGUGCUACGUUACACACUUUCUGAGUAAAGAUAUCAGAUUCAUAGAUAAAGAGAAUAGCACAUUUUAAACCUAAUGUAGAUUAAUGGCAGAAAAGGCAAUUACUGAAAUGAUGAAGGAGAGAUAGCCAAAAAGGAAACGUGAGCAGAAUCUCCAUCCAGCAUUCUCUACUAGACACGAUCGAAAUCCCAAAGGAGCAAGACAAUAAAAGAAACUCGCAUGCGCACUCCUACAGUGUAUUUCCUGCUCUGCUUUCCUUUUCCUGAUAUGUAUUUAUGGCCACACACUAAUGUUUGGCACAUUAUCAGAGGUGGAUUUGUGUCAGAUAAGCGCAUGUAGGUGAACACACUCGAACAGACAGCACAGACGUGAGCUUCCUGACCGACUGACGGUAACUAAAGCGUGUUGAUGGUGUGGAGUAGGGAGAAGGGAGGGGGAGCAGGGCUGAACUGGGCUGCAGUCCUUUGUUUCACACAGAUGGAGAGAUGAGAGAGGGAGGGAGUGAGGAUGAGAGGGAGGUGGCAAACUGCUGAUGAAAAGCUACUCUAGAGAUGGAGAGAUGCACGGAGUUGCAGUAGAGAAGGAUGCAAACAUGCUGUGUGUGUGUGUGUGUGUGUGUGUGUGUGUGUGUGUGUGUGUGUGUGUGUGUGUGUGUGUGUGUGUGUGUGUGUGUGUGUGACUGAGUGAGUAUGUACAAAGGAGGGGGUUAUGCAGUAUUCCCCUGCACCCUUUCCCCCUCUCCUUCCCUUCCCAGACUUCCCAGACCACCAGUGCAACCCUGUGAAGAGGAAUAAGUGUUAAGUUAGUGUUAUUGUCAGGGGUUUUUUUUAGCUUGUGUAACUGCACAUGAUCUUAAUGUUUACAAGACCAGUAUCAGCCUGCACAAUCACAUCCCAUAAAUGCAAAAUCGACACAGCUGAAUCGGUUCCUUUGAUUGACUCGUUUUCUGUCACUCAACAGUGUGAUUUCUCUCUUCGCUUUGGGUAGCUUUGCCAAAACAGAAUCUGUGCCAAGUCUCUGAAAGCUAGCUUUUUAGCUUUUCUCUUUUGGAUCAGAAGAUAUUUAGGUUUGUGUGUGUGUGUGUGUGUGUGUGUGUGUGUGUGUGUGUGUGUGUGGGAGAGAGAGAGAGAGAGUGAGAGAGAGGUAAGUGAUGAUACUCCUGAGUUAUAAUCAUAAUAUCCCAGUCCCCAAAAAUGUGGUAUAUCACUUCAUAUACAUCUUAUUAUGUAUGAGUGUCAUGGGAGCGUCAUCUAAAUCUACUUCCUGGGUGAACUCUUUCUCACUUAAUUGAUGAAAAAAAAUACUGCAGUUUUUUCAUAGACCCCUGUUUUACAUGGUUGAUGUUUACAGUGUAAUGGCUUUUUUGACGUAAGAUAAUAAGUGGAGUGAUGAGUGUUUUUUAUUUUAUUUUUAUUUUUAAUCUUUUGUGAAGGUUUUUAAAAGGCAAGUCCUUUGUUUUGUAGCACUUUGUAAAUACAUGAUAUUAAAAACAAACCCCUGUAUACGGCAAGGUGUACAGCAUUGUUAAGCACCAUUACCACAUGCUGGGUCCAGUGACAUGCAGGCUGCAGAGCCUGUUAUAUAUUUGAGGUUUGAGAGCUGCACAAAUGAGGUUUUGUCCACUAGAGGGCAAGGUGGCACUAGAGUAAGCACCUGGCAAAUAUUCUGGACUUUUGUCUUUCAGAACCAAUGAACUGGGACUAAGACUGGGCUUGAAUGCAGCUGGAGGUCAGUUUACAGCUGAAUACUUUAUGCAUUAGCACAUCAUUUUCAGGGACCCUUUUUCGUUCUGUAUUAUUGGUGGACAAAAUCUAUCAAUGUGCAUGUUUAAAACGUGGUGGUGACAGAAAUGAAUGAAUUGGCAGAAAUUGUGUUGGACUGAAUCUUUUGCUACAUUUUACCUAACAAUGGCAACUUCUAUUAUGAGUUGAAUCGUUUACCAUUUUGUUCAGUUCUUUUGCUUCCCUCAACUAUUAAUAACCUGUAGCAUGCCGAUUUUUUAAUUAGCAUUAAUCCGAAACAUGCUGCGCAGCAAUGUGAGAACCUUGGCCUUGUUUCUGUUCUCUUGAAAUGCUUUAACUGGCUGAAGAUAUUUACUCUGCCUGCACUGCUAGCUUUCGUAAUGUAAAUACUAAUGUACAUAUUUAUAUGUAUAUAUUUGUACUGCUACUUUCUGCCUAUGCGUUAUUCUUUGACGAAUAUUAGAUUGUUAGUAAUGCAAUUUCAUGACUGUUAUCACGACAGUGAUUUCACACAUUCUAUUGUUAUACUAUAUUUAUUGUUUAACAUAUUUUUACGGUUAUGUACUUCAGAAUUGUUGCCUCUGAGUGAACUAAAUAUACAGGACUGUGCAAAAAGUCUUAGGCACCCUAUUUUUUUUUAUUAUAUUUUUUUUAGUACAAUCUUUGUUAUAGAUUUUUAUUUUAUUCUUCUAAAUUUUAUUCUUUUAUAUGUCUACGUUAUCGAGUCAGUACAAAAAACAGUUUAGAUUCCCAAAUGUUAGUUUUCCAGCACCAAAUGAAAUGUUACAGAAAAAUGUUUGUAUGUCAGUAAAGAAAGUAGCAUAUUAUGUAAGAGGCCACUUUUCAGACGAAGAGUUUUUGGGUUUUGCUGCAAAAAUAAGAAGCGAGUGCGAUAGUCAAAGUCUCCUGAAGAACCGUGCCUGGUUCUGCAAGAUGCUCAAUAACACUUAUUAAUUAAAUUAAAAAGCAAAGGGUCGUCACACCAAAUAUUGCCUUAGUUUCAUUUAUUACUGUUUACUGCUCUUUAAAGUAUAUUUUUAAUGUAGAAACAUUUCAUUUCAUUAUUUUCGAAGGCAUCUUUGCGCUACAGCACUUCUUUGCAUGUGCCUAAGACUUUUGCACAGUACUGUACAUACUGUAUUAUAUGCACCAUAGCUUUGCAGUCAGUUGUUUGGCUGUCAGGUUUUAGUGGUACAUUUCUGAGGUGUGAACUUUGACCUCACGUGUACACAGGUUAUUACAGAAUCCACAUGCUGCUUAGUGACAUUCAGAAGGAGGAAUCAUCUAAUCUUUCAGUGACACCAGCUCACUAAAAUCUGCAUUUUUAAAGGACAAUGUAAAAAAGCACUCUAUGCCAGUUCUUUUUGUCCUUCUUGUUCAGUGAGUCUACUUUCCUUCACUGCAUAAUCUCACCCUGCAUAAUAUCACCCUUAUGUUGGGUAAGCCACCAGUGCCAGAGGUUGAUGCUUUCUUUUUUUUUCUCUCUCUCUCUCUCUCUAUGAAAUUAAUGUUUCUUGCAUUAUGACUGCCCUACUGCUUCUAUAAUCCUGACUUUGUGCAGACUUGCCUGUGCAUGCCUUAACGGAUUGCUUUUAACCAACAAUAUGUGAUGUACACAGUAUGUAGAACAAGGCCUAUGAUGGAGCCCUAUGUAUUGAUCUUGCUUCAGUCCUGACUGGUACUAAUGAUAUUUCAGUGAGCAUUAAUAAACUCUUCCUCAUUAGUGGCACUUCUGUGUUGUGUGGAAUAAAAAUACCGUGCGAGAUGGUGUACAUGUACAGAGCCGAUCAAAAAUGUUUGCGUUCCAUUAAAUAUUGAAUUAUUGUAUUGUAUUUAUAUAAUGAUUUCUAAUGGGACUCCCAAGCAUCCAGGACAAGCAGAUUACAUGUCCAGGAUAUCAAGUUUGUUUGUUCUUUUUCAUGCCCAAGUGUUCGAGUUGGUUCACUAGGCUGCUGAUGUAGCAGUCACCAGCAUUUUUCUGUUCUCCACUCUGCCAGCAACCAGAGAAAUUAAAUUUAAAAAAAAAAAAAAAAACAACCUCUACUCCUUAUUGACUUUUGCAAAAGAUAACCUUUCAUUUGACAUGCUUGUUUAACCAAAGCUCCUCUAUGCUAUGGCCUGAAUGACUCUUCUGUUUUCUGUGCUACACGAACUAAGGACGCAGAGUGGUUAAAAAAAUUCUACUAGAUGAAUUAAUUAGCAUGGCUAAAUGCUAGACUUUUUAGACUCAGGAACACAAAGGGAUGUGGACAGAAUGACAACUAAGCAAAAUGCUGUACAGAA